CUCUGCCUCAGGAACGGGCUUCCCCAAACACCCUCCCCGGUCUGACAUGAGGUCCAGCCGCCUGCUGAGUCCACUGCUGACUGUCAGGAGCCAGUACCUGGAGAGCCCCGAGGAGCAGCCACUCAGCCGCAGCCGACGCCUGGGUCCACCAUGAACUGGGGGAUCUUUGAGGGGCUCCUAAGUGGGGUCAACAAGUACUCCACAGCCUUCGGGCGCAUAUGGCUGUCUCUGGUCUUCAUCUUCCGAGUGCUGGUGUACCUGGUGACGGCUGAGCGCGUGUGGAGUGACGACCACAAGGAUUUUGACUGCAACACCCUCCAGCCAGGCUGCUCCAACGUCUGCUUCGACGAGUUCUUCCCCGUGUCCCACGUGCGCCUCUGGGCCCUGCAGCUCAUCCUGGUCACGUGCCCCUCGCUCCUCGUGGUCAUGCACGUGGCCUACCGGGAGGCACGGGAGAAAAAGCACCGAGAGGCGGUGGGGGAGAACGGCGGGCGCCUCUACCUGAAUCCCGGCAAGAAGCAGGGUGGACUCUGGUGGACGUAUGUCUGCAGCCUGGUGUUCAAGGCCGGCGUGGACACCGUCUUCCUCUAUGUGUUCCACUCGUUCUAUCCCAAAUACAUCCUCCCUCACGUGGUCAAGUGCCGCGCGGCUCCGUGUCCCAACACGGUGGACUGCUUCAUCUCCAGACCCUCGGAGAAGAACAUCUUCACCCUCUUCAUGGUCGUCACGGCCGCCGUGUGCAUCCUGCUCAACCUCCUGGAGCUGGCGUACCUGGUGAGCAAGCGGUGCCGCGAGUGCUCGGCAGCGCGGAGGGCCAGGGCCGCCAGCGCCUCGUCCUACAAACACGCUGACCUCCUCUCAGGAGACCUCAUUUUUCUGGGCUCAGACACUCACCCUCCUCUCUUACCAGACUGCCCUCGAGACCACGUGAAGAAAACCAUCCUGUGAGGGCCGCUUGCACUGCGCCGUGGGGCUGUCCCGGGAGCAGUCGUCGGGGCGGGAGCUCCUGCCACCUGCCCCAGCUGUGCGUCCCUGGGCCCCUCCGUUUCCUUCUGUGUGAAAUGGAGAUGAUGAGGCCUCGCAGGGUGGUCGCGAUGAGGGGUUUCAUUAGAGAAGAGAU